GGGCGUGAGGAGCCGCCGAGCGCGCCGCGGGCGGAUGGAGGCCCCUCCCCGCCGCGCCUGAGCCGGUGCACCGAAGGGGCCGCGGGGCCGCGCUCUCCCCGCCAGAGCCGCAGCAUGGUUGACUAUAUUGUGGAGUAUGACUACGAUGCUGUACAUGAUGAUGAGUUAACUAUCCGAGUUGGGGAAAUCAUCAGAAAUGUGAAAAAACUACAGGAGGAAGGAUGGCUAGAAGGAGAACUAAAUGGGAGGAGAGGCAUGUUCCCUGACAAUUUUGUUAAGGAAAUUAAGCGAGAGACAGAGCCCAAGGAUGAUAAUUUGCCCAUCAAACGGGAAAGGCAUGGAAAUGUAGCGAGUCUUGUACAGCGAAUCAGCACUUACGGACUUCCAGCUGGAGGAAUUCAGCCACAUCCACAAGCCAAAGCUAUUAAGAAGAAGACAAAAAAGCGUCAGUGUAAAGUUCUUUUUGACUACUCUCCACAAAAUGAGGACGAACUGGAACUGACUGUGGGGGAUGUCAUUGAUUUCAUUGAAGAGGUAGAAGAAGGCUGGUGGAGUGGAACCCUGAACAAUAAAUUGGGACUGUUUCCCUCAAACUUUGUGAAAGAAUUAGAGUUCACAGAUGAUGGUGAAACUCACGACGCUCAGGAAGAAUCAGAAGUUCCUUUGACUGGCCCUACCUCACCGUUGCCGUCUCCGGGGAAUGGGAAUGAACCUGCUCUUGGAUCAGUUGCACAGCCAAAGAAAAUCCGAGGAAUUGGGUUUGGAGACAUCUUUAAGGAAGGCUCUGUGAAACUUAGGACAAGAACUUCCAGUAGUGAAACAGAGGAGAAAAAAACAGAAAAGCCUUUAAUCCCACAGUCACUGGGAUCUAGAACCCCGAAUGCGGAGGUAACAAAACCAGACAUUGAUGGCAAGAUUAAAGCUAAGGAAUAUUGUAGAACAUUAUUUCCCUAUGCAGGAACCAAUGAAGAUGAACUUACUUUUAGAGAAGGGGAGAUAAUCCACCUGAUAAGUAAGGAGACUGGAGAAGCGGGCUGGUGGAAGGGUGAACUGAACGGUAAAGAAGGAGUGUUUCCAGAUAAUUUUGCUGUUCAGAUAAGUGAACUAGAUAAAGACUUUCCAAAACCAAAGAAGCCACCUCCUCCUGCAAAAGGUCCAGCUCCAAAGCCUGACCUGUUAGCUGCAGAGAAGAAAGCUUUUCCUCUAAAGGCUGAAGAAAAAGAUGAAAAAUCACUGCUAGAACAGAAACCUUCUAAACCAGCUGCUCCUCAAGUCCCACCCAAAAAGCCCACUCCUCCUACCAAAGCAAAUAGUUUACUGAGGUCUCCUGGAACAGUGUACCCAAAACGGCCAGAAAAGCCAGUUCCUCCACCACCUCCAACAGCCAAAAUUAAUGGAGAAGUUUCUGCAAUUUCUUCAAAGACUGAUACUGAGCCAGUAUCAAAACCAAAGCUAGAUCCUGAACAAUUGCCAGUUAGACCAAAAUCAGUAGACCUUGAUGCCUUUGUAGCCAGGAACUCAAAAGAAACAGAUAAUGUAAAUUUUGAUGACAUAGCUUCCUCAGAGAACUUGUUACAUCUCACUGCAAAUAGACCCAAGAUGCCUGGAAGAAGAUUGCCUGGCCGCUUCAAUGGUGGACAUUCUCCAACCCAAAGCCCAGAAAAGACCUUGAAGCUACCAAAAGAAGAUGAUAGUGGCAACCUAAAGCCAUUGGAAUUUAAAAAGGAUGCAAGCUACUCUUCAAAGCCAUCUCUUUCAACACCUUCAAGUGCUUCUAAAGUAAAUACAGCUGCUUUCCUAACUCCAUUAGAACUCAGAGCUAAAGCAGAAGCAGAUGAUGGGAAAAAAAAUCCCAUGGACGAACUUAAAGCCCAAAUUAUUGAAUUAUUGUGUAUUGUGGAUGCACUGAAAAAGGAUCAUGGGAAAGAACUGGAAAAGCUACGCAAAGAGUUAGAAGAAGAGAAGGCCAUGCGAAGUAAUCUAGAGGUGGAAAUAGCAAAGCUGAAGAAAGCUGUUCUGUUGUCUUGAGGUGGUGUGGACCCAGGGUUGCUAAUGCUGCAUGAACCUAACUGACUUGUUAAAGACAGCAGGCGGUGUUGUGAUGAGGACAUGAACUGUGAUAUCUUCGGAAAAGUUGGGGGUGACAGGUUUUUUUAUAUAUUUUAUUUUGCCAAUAUGAAAAAAGAAGAGGCCUUAUUUCUUACUGUGCUGGGAUUGCAAACAUUUCUAUUGUUUGCUUGAAAAUACUACUGAAUCUGUAUAAAAAGGAAAGAAAGUUCAUAAUAGUUUUUUUAUUGAAACUUGUAUUAUUUUUUAAAGAGUUCUAUACUAUAAAUAUCGUAAUAUCUUUACAAAUAAGCUGUAAGAUAAACUAUUUGAGGACGGGUUAGCUUUAUAGUAGAGUCACUGCUUUCCUGUAAUGCAUAGGGCAUGAACUGUAUACAUACACUACUACUACGCGCGCUCGCGCGCACACACACACACACACACACACACACACACACACACACACACUCUCAUACACACUUUCCUUUUAGCUUCUUACCCAGGAUUACACUGUUGUGCCUGUUUGUCUGCAGUGCUGUUUGUACUUUGGGUGAUAAAAUAGGAGUUUCUAGUUACCAGGUUUCUCACCCAUGCAUAUUUAAUCAUUAAUGAAAUAAUAACUAUAAAUCCAACUUCUAUAGUGUUCUAUUAUGCUCACACUAUAGAAUUCAUUAAAGGAAGCUAGUUAAACUGUACUGGAUUAAGCUUGAGAAAAUAGGAGCUUUGUUCUAAAUUCAUGUGGCCUAAGAGAUCUAAAAAAUGUCAUGCUAAUUAUUUGUGCCUAGACACUGCAGCACAUGUGGAAUAGGUAAACGCCAGCCAUAUUGUUGUAUUCUUAUGCUCAUUCUACAGUCAUAAAUAUUAUUCAUUUUAUUAUUUUGUAUUUAAUUCAUUGUACCCUUCCUUUAAUUUUCACUAAUGAUAAUCUUAGAAAACAAAGCCUCUAAACCCAGAUAUUUUCAAAAUUCCAGAAUAAUGUUCUGUAUUUGCAAAACUGUUGUGUAAACACUCAGGUUUUACAGACAUAAUUUAUCUAAUAGAACAAACUAACUCCUAGAGAUAUUUUGGAUUGUUGCUUAGGUAAAGUGAAAAAGAGUGUUAGCAUUUCACAAGUAGUAAUAUGUGGUAUGUAAUUCAAAUAUAAUUGACAUAUUGAAGAUCAUUCCAUAAUGGAUGCUGAGCCAUUUCUUUAGCAUCACAAUAAACAGUUGAACAUCUUAGGCUGGCUAAACCACAUUCAGGGUGGUGUGGCUAUAGACCAGGUGAACAUAAAAAUGUUGUAUCUGUAGGGCAACAUGUUUAAAAACACAAAGGUUAAUUUUAAAAAGUGAAAUAUUUUUAUUUGUUAAAAAAAGUUAGGCUUUAAGCUUUACUUUAGAAAAUAAAUGUCAAAUGGUAAGUUAUCAUGCUUCUUAAAAAAUACCUUUUCUUUACAUUUUAAUCUUAAAAUAGAAAAGUGUUUUAAAGUCUGAUUUCUUGUGUUGCUUCAAGUAAAAUAGAACUGAAGUAGAAAAUAAUAGAAUUGCCAACACAAAGUUACACUUGAUUAGCUAAUGGGGAGAGCUAAUUGUACAUAGAGUGUACAUUUUAGUUUUUUUGACACAGGGAU